UUUUUAAGUCGAAUUUUUUGUUUGUUUGUUUGUUUUGUUUUGUUUUUUUGCCCCGACCGCACAAAGCGGAAGCCGUGAGGCUGCGGGUGGGCUCGUGCUGAGCCGGGACAACUGGUGUCGGUGUCGGUAUCGGUGUCGGUGUCGGUAGCAGCAGCGGGCGCGGUGCCGGCGGGAGGCGCUGGGGCCGCGCCGGCCCCGCUGGGGAGGAGGGGGGGAGCGGGCGGUGCCGCUUUAUAAAGCGACGGGAGCGGGGCGGGGGCAGCGCCUCGGAGCGCCGCGGGACCGGGCACCGGUACCGGGGCCAGCCCAGCCCCGGCGGGGCGGAACGGCUCGGAACGGCUCGGGCCGGGCUCCCCCCGCCGCGGCGGCCGGGCGGGAUGAACCGGCGGGGACUCUGCGCCGGGCUCUACUGGCUACUGCUGCCGCUCGCUCUGCUCGCCGCCUGCCUUUUCCGCUACAAUGUCCUCUCCCUGGUGUACCUGCUCUUCCUGCUGCUCCUGCCCUGGUUCCCGGGGCCCUCCUCACGCUUCACCGCAGGUCACACCACCCGCAUCCUCAAAGCUCUGCUGGGGACCAGCAUCAUCUUCCUCCUCACCCACCUGGUUUUCCAGAUAUGCCUGUACACUCUGCCCGUCCUGGAUGAGCUGCUGGGGCCCAACUGCAGCUCCUGGGAGGUCCUUGCUCGUCACAUUGGGGUCACCAGGCUAGAUUUGAGUGACAUUCCCAACUCGGUGCGGCUGGUGGCACCUGAUGUUGGCAUCCUGCUGGUCUCGUCCCUGUCCUUGUGCCUGUGUGGCCGCCUCAGCCCUGCCACCUCCAGACGGAAUCCUGAGUCCCUGGAGUCCUCUGAGUGGAGGGAAGGGGAGGAUGUGGGGCGGCUCCGGCGCGCGGCCAACAGGGACAGGCGGCUGAGGAACCGGCUGAGGGACAAGGCUCACUGGCUGCUCUGGGAGGCUGGCAAGGGCCUGGCCAUCCUGCUGCUGGCCUUGGCAGGGAUCAUCCACCCCUCCGCCUCCUCCGGCGUCUACUUCCUGCUCUUCAUUGGGCUGUGCACAUGGUGGUCCUGUCACCUCCCUGGUAGCCACCAGGCCUUCAAUGUCUUCUGCGUUGUCGUCAGCAUCUACGGUGCCUGCCACCUGCUGUGCCUCUAUGCCUACCAGACCCCCUUUGUCCAGGGGCUCUUCCCACCCCCCACUCUCUGGGCACGGGUGUUUGGGUUCAAUGACAUCAUCCGGUACUACAACUGCUCCCAGCCCAACACCCUGGACCUCAACACCAACUACCUCUGGCCUGUCUAUGCCAACCCUGGCAUCCUGCUGCUGCUCUACUACUCCAUGGCCACCCUGGUGAAGCUGCGCUGGCUGUAUGCCAAGAGAACUGUGGCAACGGCACAGCCGAGCCCGAGGGACCUGGUGGAGCUGGAGAGUUGGCCCAGGGACACUCAGCACGUGGCUGAGGACGCCGAGCCCAUGCUGUUCCCCAACACCGGGAAGCCAAGCAGCAGCAGCGAGAACUGCACUGUCCACAUCCAGAGCCCAUGUAAGCCUGACCCCAGCCCCUCCCCAAACCCUGCCUCCCGGGGCCACCUCCCUCUGCCCACGCCUGUGCCAAGCAGGAGGCAUCCAACAGCCUGGCUACCCCUGCACACCUUGGGCCACGUCCUCCUGAAGCAGAGCUACUUGUCUGCCCUCAUCGCCAUGAUGGUGUGGAGCAUCAUCUACCGCAGCUGGCUGACCUUCGUGCUGCUGGUCUCGGCGUGCCUGAUCUGGAUGGUGCGGAGCCGCCGGCGCUUCGCCAUGAUCUCCUCACCCUUCCUGGUGCUCUAUGGCGUCAGCCUGUGCAUCCUGCAGUACGUGUGGGCCAUGGAGCUGUCCCCAGAGCUGCCCACCCACACCAGCUUAGUGAGCCUGCAGCCGCUGGGGCUGGUGCACCCCAAGUACCCCUGCAUAACCCUGGGGGUCAAGCUCCUGCUCACCCUCACCUUCUGGAUGCUGCUGCGGCAGUUCGUUAGGGAGAAGAUGCUAACGAGGAGGUCCCUGGCCACGCCACUCAUGGAGGUGUCAGUCACGGACACAGACACCAGGCAGAUGAGGGAUGUGCUGCAGAGCCUGGGGCAGGUGGUGAAGAAUUUCUUUGCCAAGUUCUGGAUCCUGGUCUGCGCUGCCAAGUUCAUCGUGGUGACCUUUACCGGGCGCCUCGUCGUCUCCAAGAUCAUCUACAUGCUCCUCUUCCUGCUCUGCAUUAUCCUGUUCCAGGUGUACUACAGCCUGUGGCGCAAGGUGCUCAAGGGUUUUUGGUGGCUGGUGGUGGCCUACACCAUGCUGGUGCUCAUCAGCAACUACACCUACCAAUUUGAAGACUUCCCCAUGUACUGGAGGAACCUGACGAGCCUCAGUGAUAGCCAGCUGAGUGACGUGGGCCUGGAGCAGAUCAGCAUCUCCAGGCUCUUCUCCAGCAUCCUUAUCACUGGUUUCUUCCUUCUGGCCUGCACCCUCCAGCUCCACUGCUUCCACGAGCCCUUCAUGCACAUCACUGACCUGGCACGUGUCCACACCCCCUCUCCAGCCCCCUGCCACAUUCCCAGGUCUGAGGAGCUGCAGGGGAGCCGCCUGCUGCGGGAUGCGGCCGCUGCCGAGACCACCCAGUCCAGAGACUCCGACACCGACUCCCUGGAGUCCAGCAAAUGGGGGCUGGUGCUGGAGCGCCUGAUCGUGCUGGGCCAGACCUUCUCAGACACGAUGACGCGCGGGGAGAUCUUCAUGAGGCGCGUGCUGGAGCUCCACGUCGUCAAGAUGGUGGCUCUCUACACCGUCUGGGUGGCCCUGGAGGAGGUCUCGUUGAUGAACUUCUUGCUGGUGCUGCUGUGGGCCUUUGCCAUGCCCUAUUGCCGCUUCCGCCACAUGGCCUCGUGCCUCUCCACCAUCUGGACCUGCAUCAUCAUCGUCUGCAAGAUGCUCUACCAGCUUGAGAUCGUGGAUCCCGAGGACUACUCCAGCAACUGCACCCAGCCCCUGCCCAACAGCACCAACCUGACCCCAGAGGAGCUGGGCAACUCCACGCUGUACCGUGACCUCGUGGACCCUGCCAACUGGUUCGGUGUCCGGAAGGGCUUCCCCACCUGGGAUUGCGUCAAGAACCACCUGCUGCUGCUGCUGCUGCUGGUGUUCGAGGCCGUGGUGUACCGGCGCCAGCAGUACCACCGCAAGCAGCACCAGCUGGUGGCCCCCGUCACCGAGACCAUCUUUGAGGACAUCUCCCGCGAGCACCUCGACCUGGACCUCAUCAGCUGCGCCAAAUACUUCAUCAACUACUUCUACUACAAGUUUGGCUUGGAGAUCUGCUUCCUGAUGAUCGUGAACGUGAUCGGGCAGCGGAUGAACUUCCUGGUGAUCCUGCACGGCUGCUGGCUCGUGGUGAUGCUGACACGGCGGCGGCGCGAGGCCAUCGCCCGCCUCUGGCCCAAGUACUGCCUCUUCCUCGUCAUCUUCUUCCUCUACCAGUACCUGCUGUGCCUGGGGAUGCCACCUGCUCUCUGCAUGGACUAUCCAUGGCGCUGGAGCGAGACCAUUCCCCUCAACUCGGCGCUGGUCAAGUGGCUCUACCUGCCUGACUUCUUCCAGGCUCCCAAAUCCACCAACCUCAUCAAUGAUUUCAUGCUGCUGAUGUGCGCGGCCCAGCAGUGGCGCGUGUUUGAGGCCGAGCGCUCCGAGCCGUGGCUGCGGGCGGCCGGGGACAACUCCGACCGGCUGGACCGGGAGCACGACCACGACAACCCCACCCCAAACUUCAUCUACUGCAAGUCCUACCUGGACAUGGUGAAGGUGGUGGUCUUCCACUACUUCUUCUGGGUCGUCCUCGUGGUGGUUUUCAUCACCGGUGCCAACCGCAUCAGCCUCUUUGGCCUGGGUUACCUGCUGGCCUGCUUCUACCUGCUGCUCUCGGGCACUGCCAUGCUGCACAAGACAGCCCGCGCCCGCCUCGCGCUCUGGGACUGCCUCAUCCUCUACAACAUCACCAUCAUCAUCUCCAAAAACAUGCUGUCGCUCCUGUCCUGCGUCUUCGUGCAGCAAAUGCAGAGCAACUUCUGCUGGGUCAUCCAGCUCUUCAGCCUCGUCUGCACCGUCAAGGGCUACUAUGACCCCAAGGCGAUGCACAAGGACCACGACUGCACGCUGCCCGUGGAGGAGGCUGGCAUCAUGUGGGACAGCAUCUGCUUCUUCUUCCUCCUGCUCCAGCGCCGCAUCUUCCUCAGCUCCUACUACUUACACGUCAUGUGGAACCUCCAAGCCUCUGCCCUGCAGGCUUCCAGGGGUGUGGCGCUGUUCAAGGCCAGCAUCAUGAAGAGCCUGAACUCACACCGGCGAGCCGAGAAGAAGUCACUGGACCAGCUGAAGCGGCAGAUGGAGCGGAUCCAAGCCAAGCAGCAGAAGUACCACCAGGAGCGGCUGCCCCGCAACACCAGCCUGGGGCAGGAAGGGACCAGAUCAGAUCCCGGCGAUCCCACAGACCCAUCCCGGCAGAGGGAGCGCUGGUGGCAGCCGUGGUCAGACCAUGCCACAGUGCUGCAUUCUGGGGAAUACUUCCUCUUCGAGUCGGAUAGUGAGGAGGAGGAGGAGGUGCAGGAGGAGCCACGGCUGGAGAGGCCAAGUGCUUUCCAGCUCGCCUACCAGGCCUGGGUGACCAACACCAGGACAGUGCUACGGCAGCAGGAACAGCCUGAGCAACCACGGCCACCCAGCACUGAGAGCACUGCAGAGGAUGGUGCAAGAAGAGAGGUGGAGGCUGCUGAGGAGGCUGAAGGCCGGGAGGUAGAGAACAUAGAAACUUCUGCUGAGCGGAGCAACGUCUUGCAGCGAGCACUGAACACGCUGAGGUUCCUGUGGCUGUUGUGCCAGGCCCUGGUGGAUGGGCUGACCCAGUGGCUGGACACCUGCACCCGGGAGCACACGGACAUGUCUGAUGUCCUGCGCCUCGAGAGAUUUGUCAUGGCACAGCGCCUGGCCAAGGGAGAGGAGAUAAACGAGGGGUUCCCAGAUGAGCUCUACAUGCCACCGGAGGAGUUCUCAGAGGAGCUGAGCCUGUCCACCUUCUUGGCCGCACAUUCCCAAAGCAGCACUUCCAGCGGGUCCCUAAGAGCUACCCCUUCUUCCAGCAGCCAGGAGCAGGUGGCAAACCUGGAGGACGUGGCUGAUGCUCAGCAGUUCCUGGCCGUGCCCCGGCAGCGCAGGCGAACUGCCAGUGAGCUCCUCAAGAGCAGGAGGGUGUGUGUCUCUGAGCUGGAGGAGUCAGAGCGGUUCUACCAAUCCCACAACCGGUUCCUGAAGCUGCUGCUGGCCGGGUACCGCUGUGUGACCGCCCACUCCGAGCUGCUCUGUUACUUGGUCAUCAUUGUCAACAACGUGAUCACCGCCUCCAUCAUCUCUGUCUUCCUGCCCAUCCUGGUCUUCCUCUGGGCCAUGCUUUCCAUCCCACGGCCCACCAAGCGCUUCUGGAUGACCGCCAUCAUCUACACCGAGAUGAUGGUGGUGGUGAAAUACCUCUUCCAGUUUGGGUUCUUCCCCUGGAAUGGCUAUGUCACCAUGCUGCGCCACGAGGGCAAGCCCUUCUUCCCACCACGCAUCCUGGGCUUGGAGAAGUCCACCCACUACAUCAAGAAUGACCUCGUGCAGCUCCUGGCCCUCUUCUUUCAUCGCUCCCUGCUGCUGUCCUUUGGGCUGUGGGACCAGGAGAAGACGGCGGAGGAGAAGCGGGAGAACAAGGAAAAGGAGGAGAAACCGGAGGAAGCCAUGUCCCUACCACCGGUGGUGGCUGAGGAAGGGCUGGAGGCUCCAGCCCGGCCAGGAGCCCUGGCAGCAGCCACGGGGCCAGAUCUGGAGCUGGGUCUGGGGGGUGAGUCCAUGGAACAGGAAGAGGGCACCCGGGCCACGCAGCUCCGCUUCAGGAGGAAGAGGCAGCAGGAGAGGGAAGCCCUGGAGAUGGUUCCAGUGGAAGGGGACGAGGAGGAAGAGGAGGAAGUGUCAGAAGAGAGCUACGCUCACAGGAAGCUGAGGGAGUUUGGCUUGCGGGUCAAGGGCUUCUUCCUCAGCAUGGCACAGAACAUGUACCAGCCAGUGCACAGGUUCUUCCAGGACAUCUUGGACACGCAGAACCAUGCAGCCACUGACGUCUACGCCUACAUGUUCCUGGCUGACGUGGUUGACUUCAUCAUCAUCAUCUUUGGCUUCUGGGCCUUUGGGAAAUACUCGGCGGCCGCCGACAUCACCUCCUCGCUGUCGGAAAACCAAGUGCCGGAGGCUUUCCUGUUCAUGCUGCUCUUCCAGUUCACCACCAUGGUCAUCGACCGUGCGCUCUACCUCCGCAAGACCGUGCUGGGCAAGCUCAUCUUCCAGGUCACCCUGGUCUUUGGCAUCCACUUCUGGAUGUUCUUCAUCCUGCCUGCCGUCACCCAAAGGUUGUUCCGCCAAAACACGGUGGCCCAGCUGUGGUACUUUGUGAAGUGCAUCUACUUUGGACUGUCGGCCUACCAGAUCCGCUGUGGAUACCCCACCCGUAUCCUGGGCAACUUCCUCACCAAGAAAUACAAUCACCUGAACCUCUUCCUCUUCCAGGGGUUCCGCUUCGUGCCCUUCCUGGUGGAGCUGCGGGCCGUCAUGGACUGGGUGUGGACGGACACCACGCUGUCCCUCUCCAACUGGAUGUGUGUGGAGGACAUCUACGCCAACAUCUUCAUCAUCAAGUGCAGCCGGGAGACUGAGAAGAAAUACCCCCAGCCCAAGGGGCAGAAGAAAAAGAAGGUGGUGAAGUACGGCAUGGGCGGCCUCAUCAUCCUCUUCCUCGUGGGCAUCAUCUGGUUCCCGCUGCUCUUCAUGUCCCUGGUACGCUCCGUGGUGGGCGUCAUCAACCACCCCAUCGAUGUCACCGUCACCCUCAAGCUAGGGGGGUACGAGCCUCUGUUCAGCACGAGCUCCCAGCAGCAAUACAUCCAGCCCUUCAACCCCGAGGACUACGACAAGCUCACGGCAGAGUUCCAGAGCGAUCCGUUGGCCAUGCAGUUCAUCACCCUCUACGGUGACGAGGACAUCGUGACCGCCCGCAUCGAGGGCAGCUCGGGCUCGCUGUGGAGCAUCAGCCCCCCCAGCCGCGAGCAGAUGCGGCUGGAGCUGCAGAACGGCUCCUCUGACAUCACCGUGCACAUCUCUUGGAGCUUCCAGAGGGACCUGGGCAAGGGGGGCUCGGUGGAGAACGCCUAUGGCAAACACACCACAGACCUGGAGCCUGGCACGCCCCAGCGCCUGGAGCUGGCCCAGAUGUUGGAUGGCACCAGGGAUGACCCCGUGGUAUUGCCCAAACUCUUCCCCAAAUACAUCCGGGCACCCACUGGCCUCGAAGCUGAACCUGUCAAGCAGCUGCUGCCAGAUGAUGUGGAGAGCUACCUGGACGUGGAGGUGCAGCUGAAACGGGAGCGCAGGGGCUCUGUCCCUGGUGAGCACUUUGUGGAGUGGUGGGUGCUGAGGCUGAAGGACGCCCCACCCCACGAGGGCAACAUCCUGCCCAUGAUCAUCUUCAACGACAAAGUCAGCCCCCCCAGCCUGGGCUUCCUGGCUGGCUAUGGGAUCAUGGGGCUCUACGUGUCCAUUGUGCUGGUGAUCAGCAAGUUCGUGCGGGGCUUCUUCAGCGAGAUCUCCCACUCCAUCAUGUUCGAGGAGCUGCCCUGUGUGGAUCGCAUCCUGAAGCUGUGCCAGGACAUCUUCCUGGUGAGGGAGACGGGCGAGCUGGAGCUGGAGGAGGAGCUCUAUGCCAAGCUCAUCUUCCUCUACCGCUCGCCCGAGACCAUGAUCAAGUGGACACGGGAGAAGAAUUAAGGGGAAGGGGCUCCAGCCCCUCCCUGACAGGGACAUCACCGCCAAUGCCUUAACCAGCCCCCCCAGCUGGAGUCACAUCCCGGCCUGGGAGGCAGUGGGAUGUGGGGUUCUGGUGCUCCCUUGGAGGGAGGAUGUUUUUCUUACGUUGCUUUGAAGCCGUCUGACCUGCACAGACCAUGUUGUGCCUUCCCGGGGAGGGGGACAGGAGGUGGCCCCCCCACCCAGUGGGGACCCCUGGCUGCCAGGUGGGGAUGGGAGGGGGGAUCAAGAGGCAGCCUGUGCCCCUUCCCUGCUGGCCCCAGCCUUGCUCCAGAACCAAGUUGAAUUCAAGCAAUAGCCCCCUCCCCACCUCCAGGAUGGGGGUCCUGUGUUGUGGCCUCCCCACGUUUGAGGGGGGCUGGCAGCCCCAGUUGGACUUUAGACACUUGUGACUUCAGGUUUGUUUGUUUGUUUAUUUGUUUUUAUUAAUUCAAAUGGUUUAUUUAUACAGAUAUUGAAUAAAACAAACUUGAGGCC